CGCGACCGUUCCCACUUUCCCAUGGUCUGUGAACGCAGCAGCGGGGACAUCGCCGCCUGUAGAAGGAGCUCUGCUAACCCGCGACCGAACGUACACAAACAUGGCGAUAUCGCAGGCGGGCAGGAUGCACUCGUCUCUUCGGCGUGCGCUGUAUCUACUCGUCCUCGGGCUCGCCGGGAUAAACCCGUCGGCCCCCCGUCUCCACCCGGAGCAGCGCUACAUGCUGCCGCAGAGCAGAGGGUUUCGCACGAUAGAGGCUAACGCGGACGCCGCCGCGGCUCCGCCGCUGCCCGCGGCCGACCGCGGCGCCUCCGCGGGCGGGUCGGACGCUGGCACCCACCCGCAGCAUCGAAGCCGCCGGAGCGCCGGCGAACCGGCCGCGCCGAAGGUGUACGGGCAGGCCAACCUGAAUGACUCCCAUAACCAAAUGGUGGUCCACUGGGCUGGAGAGAAGAGCAACGUCAUUGUAGCCUUGGCCCGAGACAGCGCCGGAGCCACGGGACCCAGAACCAGCUCUGUCUACGUGUCCUAUGAUUACGGCACCACUUUCAUGCUCGUCUCAGACAAGUUCCAGCUUUCAGGGGCCACGUUCAAGGACGGCAGCAAGCAGGUCAUCUCCCAGUUCUACCACAGCCCUGCAGACAACAGGAGGUACCUUUUUGCAGACUCCACCAACAACUACCUCUGGAACACCUUUGACUUCUGCAAGAGCAUCCAUGGCUUCUCCCUGCCCUUCAAACCAACAGACCUGCUGCUCCACAGCACAAGAUCCAACCUGGUGCUUGGCUACGACAGCUCCCACCCAAACAAACCGCUGUGGAAAUCAGACGACUUUGGGGAGACAUGGGUGUUGAUCCAAGAGCAUGUGAAGACCUACUUUUGGGGCGUGGAACCCCAUGACCCGCCCACCACGGUGCUGGUCCAGAGACACGAGCCCCAGGGAGUCUCCACGGUCCUCAGCAGCACGGACUUCUUCCAGAGCGAACAGAACCGCAGGGUGAUCCUGGAGCAGGUGGACAGCUUCCAGCUCCGGGACAAGUACAUGUUUGCCACCACCACACGGAAGCUGUUUGGCAGCCACGAUCCGUCAUCUGUUCAACUCUGGGUCUCCUACAACCGCCAGCCGAUGAAAGCUGCCCAGUUUAUGACCCGCCAUCCAAUCACAGAGUACUACAUUGCAGACGCAUCCGAGGACCAAGUGUUUGUGUGCGUGAACCAUCUGAACAACGUCACACACCUCUACAUCUCGGACACACAGGGCCUGUCCUUCUCCCUGUCGCUGGAGAACGUGCUCUAUUACAGUCCCGAGGGCUCUGGCAGCAACACACUCAUCAGGUACUUUGCCAAUGAGCCCUUUGCAGACCUGCAUCGCGUGGAGGGGCUGCGAGGCGUCUUCAUCGCCACGCUCAUCAAUGGCUCGGCCAGCGAGAACAACAUGCGGUCCGUCAUCACUUUCGACAAGGGGGGCACGUGGGAGCUGCUUCAGCCACCUGCUGCCGACAGCCUGGGAGGAACUGUGGACUGUCAGCUCAGUAAAGGUUGCUCUCUUCACCUGGCUCAGCGCUGGAGCCAGCUGUUCAACAUCCAGCUGAGGAGGAUGCCCAUCUUAUCCAAGGAUUCUGCUCCCGGAGUCAUCAUGGCCACAGGAUCUGUGGGCAAGAACUUGGCCAGCAAACCCAAUGUGUACGUAUCCAGCAGUGCCGGUGCUAGGUGGAGAGAGUCACUGGCAGGCCCUCAUUUCUACACAUGGGGUGACCACGGUGGUAUCCUGAUGGCUAUCCCACAAGGAGGCGCCACCACACAUCUGAAGUUCAGCACCAACGAAGGGGAGACCUGGACCGACUUUCCGUUCUCCGACAGGGAGGUGUACGUUUACCAGCUGCUGACGGAGCCGGGGGAGAAGAGCACCAUCUUCACCAUCUUCGGCUCCUACGCCAACCAGAGACACAGCUGGCUCAUCCUCCAGGUCAACACGUCGGACGUCCUGGGUGUGCCGUGUUCCGACGCGGACUACAAGCGCUGGUCUCCGUCAGACGAGCACGGGAACGAGUGUCUGCUGGGCAGAGAGAUCACGUUUAAGAGGCGAGCUCCUCACGCUACGUGCUUUAACGGCGAGGACUUCGACCGGCCCGUCACCAUUGCCAACUGCUCCUGCACACGCCAGGACUAUGAAUGUGACUACGGCUUCAAGCUGAGUGAAGACCUGUCCCUGCAGGUGUGCGUGCCUGACCCUGAGUUCCUCGGUGACCUCUACGCUCCUCCAGUACCGUGUCCUAUUGGUACAACAUACCGGCGCAGCAAAGGCUACAGGAGGGUCCCGGGGGACAGCUGCAGUGGAGGAGAUGUGGAGUCCAGGCUGGAUGGAGAGAUGCUGCCUUGUCCUGUCGGAGAGAGCAACGAGUUCAUCCUGUACGCGGUGAGGAACUCCAUCCACCGGUACGACCUGGCCACGGGCACGGACCAGGCCCUGCCUCUGGCCGGCCUACGGGAGGCUGUGGCUCUGGACUUUGACUACGACAAGAACUGUCUGUACUGGGCCGACAUCUCGCUGGACACCAUACAGCGUCUGUGUCUGAAUGGCAGCACAGGGCAGGAGGUUGUGGUGAGGAAAGACCUGCAGAACGUGGAGGCCCUGACCUUUGACCCCGUCAGCAGACUGCUCUACUGGGUUGACGCUGGAGCUCAGAAGAUUGAGGUUUCUAAUCCUGAUGGAGACGUACGCCACACUCUGCUCAACUCGUCUGUCCUGGAACAUCCCCGAGCUCUGGUCCUACUUCCUGGAGAGAGUCUGAUGUUCUGGACUGACUGGGGAGACCGAGCAGCUGGUGUUUACCGGAGCUACAUGGAUGGAACCAAUGUGUCCUGCAUCGUGUCAGAGGGCGUGCGCUGGCCAAACGGGAUCACAGCCGACGACCGCUGGCUGUACUGGACCGAAGCCUACAGCGACCGCAUUGAGAGGGCCGACUUCAACGGGGGCCAGCGGAGCGUCCUCAUGGACGGGCUGCCCCACCCGUACGCCAUUGCUGUCUUCAAGAAUGACCUGUACUGGGACGACUGGUCCAGAAUGGGAAUCUUCAAAGCUCCAAAAGCUGGUUCGCAGAGCAACGAGUUGAUUGUGGGCAGACUAACUGGAGUCAUGGAUCUCAAGAUCUUCUAUAAGGGGAAGAAUCGAGGCCAUAAUGCCUGUGCCGACCAGCCCUGCAGCCUGCUGUGUCUGCCUCAGCCCGGCCACCGACACACCUGUGUGUGUCCGGACGGCACACCGACUGUCACCAUGCCCAACGGCGAGCUGCAGUGCCAGUGUCCCACCAGCUACCAGCUCCAGAACAACACCUGCGUCAAGACCGAGCACAGCUGUCUGCCCAACCAGUACCGCUGCUCCAACGGCCGCUGCAUCAGCAGCAUCUGGAAGUGUGACAGCGACAAUGACUGUGGAGACAUGAGCGAUGAGCAGGAAUGUCCCACUACAACGUGUGACCCAUCUAACCAGUUUCGCUGCGUGGCCUCAGGGUCCUGCAUACCGCUGGCCUUCAAAUGUGACCACGAAGAUGACUGUGGAGACAACAGUGAUGAAGAGCACUGUGAGUCUCACCAGUGUGGCCCUGGGGAGUUCACGUGUGCACGAGGAGUUUGCAUCCGCGAGGCGUGGAGGUGUGACGGGGACAAUGACUGCAGAGACUGGUCAGACGAGGCCAACUGCACAGUGGGCCACCAUACAUGUGAGGCCAGUAGCUUCCAGUGUCACACAGGUCACUGUAUACCACAGCGCUGGAUGUGUGACGGUGACGACGACUGUCAGGACGAUUCAGAUGAAGACCCUCAACAUUGUGAGGGAACUCGGUGUAAAGGCUUCCUCUGCUCCAAUGACACCUGCCUGCCAGCCACUGUCCACUGCAACGGCAUCCAGGAAUGUCCAGAUGGUGCUGAUGAGCACAACUGUGACCCCCUGUGCACUCGCUACAUGGAGUUUGUGUGUAAGAACCGAGCCCAGUGUCUGUUCCAGUCUCUGGUCUGCGAUGGGAUCAAACACUGCGAAGACGGAUCGGACGAGGACGCCGAGUACGCCGGAUGUGCCACUCCGUCUGAAUUUGGCAAAGUGUGUGACGCCUACACAUUUCAGUGUGCCAACGGCGUGUGUGUGAGCCUGGAGUGGAAGUGUGACGGCAUGGACGACUGCGGGGACUACUCCGAUGAAGCCAACUGUGCUGCUCCCACUGAGGUUCCGGGCUGCUCGAGGUAUUUCCAGUACGAGUGUCGAAACGGACGCUGUAUUCCCACGUGGUGGAAGUGCGAUGGGGAGAACGACUGUGGGGACUGGUCUGACGAGGCCCAGUGUACAGGCGCUGUCACUCCUCACACUGUGGCCCCUGGUCCCUCCACCUGCGCCCCCAACCGCUUCCACUGUGGCUCUGGAGCUUGCAUCAUCAACACGUGGGUGUGUGACGGCUACGCCGACUGUCCCGACGGCAGCGAUGAGCUCGGAUGUCCCACAGCAGUGAAUGGCUCCGUGACCGUGACCUCGGUGCCCACCCUGGCCCCUCCCGACUCCGCUCCCGGUCGCUGCAAUCGGGGUCAGUUCCUGUGCCGCCGACCCCCCCGCUGCAUCCCGGACUGGCAGCGCUGCGACGGACAGAUCCACUGCGAGGACCGCUCUGAUGAAGACCACUGCCCCACCCGCGGGCCUCUGUUCUGUACGAACGGGACCCGCUGCUCUGAUGGCGAGGCCUGUGUGCUGGACGGCGAGCGGUGCGACGGCUUCCUGGACUGCUCCGACCACAGCGACGAGGACAACUGCACCCAGGACACCCUGGCCUAUAAAGUCCAGAACCUCCAGUGGACACCUGAUGUUUUAGGGGCCAUCACUCUGACCUGGUCUCGUCCAAAGAACCUUCCCCUGGACUCCUGCUACUUCCUCAUCUACUACAGACUCGUGGGCAUGCAGCAGUGGACCAUCAUGGACACUCACAGCAACAAGACCAGCUACAAACUGACCGUGCUGAAGCCCGACACCACCUACCACGUGAAGGUGCUCACGCAGUGUCUCAGCAAGCUGCACAAGACCAACGAGGUGAUCACGGUGCGGACGCCAGAGGGAGUGCCCGACCCUCCCCGGAACCUGCAGCUGACUUGUGAUAACGAUGAGGAUGGGACGGUGGAGGUGUCCUGGAGUCCCCCUGACAAAGGACACGGCCUCAUCAGGGAAUACAUUGUUGAAUACAGUGAGCGUGCAGGUCUUGAUUGGACAUCGCAGAGAUGCAUGACGACCAGUACUGAGGUGAAGGAGCUGCAGCCGGACACUCUGUACAGGUUCAGGGUGGCAGCAGUGACGAGUCGAGGCGUGGGGAACUGGACAGAGGUGAAAUCCAUCACUCCUAAAAAAGCGCUGCCUCCUCCCUCUGUGAUCGCCGACAGCAUCACCACGGACUCCAUGAGUCUUUCAUUCAGCCUGAACUCCCAGUACAAUGUGAAACAGUACAUCGUGAUUCUGUCGUGGCAGUUUGACAAACACGUCAAGGAGAGCAGGAACUACACGGUGAUAGAGGGCAUUCUCAAAGCUACAAACCUGACGGCAGGAACAGUGUACGAGGUGGCUGUGUGGGCUCACACCAGUAUAGGAGACAGUCCCACCGCCCUGUCCCAUCAUCAGACCGCCGGCGCCCAGCCAGAGAGACCCCUGCUCAAAGCCAGGGCUCUCAACCAAACGGCUGUGGACUGCAGCUGGACCGUCAGUGGACCCCCCGCACAGAUGUAUGGUGUGUUUUAUGCCACCUCCUUCCUGGAUUUGUACCGGGCUCCUCGCCUGGUCCGCACCGCGUCCCUCGGCCUCACGUUUACAGUGGACAGCGAUGAGCAGUAUCUCUUCCUGGUUCGUGCGGUCUCUCCCUCCCUGGGUCCUCCCUCUGACUACGCUGUGGUGAAAAUGAUUCCCAACGAGAGGCUGCCGCCCCGGAACCUCCAUCGUGUGCGAGUAGACAAAACGCAGGCCACGCUGAAAUGGCAGCCGCCCUACGACGCCCCGAACACACCUCUGACAUACGCAGUCCACGUGCGGGACGUGAUCCGUAAGAUGGAAUUGGAUUACAAGCUGACCACACAAAACAACACGGUGGAGUACCUGCUGAAAGGCCUGGAGCCCGGAGGACGAUACAGCAUCUCUGUCCGCCUGCGCAACAUGAGCAAGGAGGCCAGCUUCACUCUCAGCACAGUUCCUCUUCAAGCUCCCGAGGCCCUGAAGAUCUUGACAGAGAAAGACCACGUGUUCCUCUUCUGGAAGAGUCUGGCCGUCCGAGAGAAGGACUUCAACGAGACCAGGGGGUAUGAGGUGCAUGUGUAUGACAGCGUGACCAACCAGACAUCCUACUUGGGAAACACCACCGAGACCUACUUCCGCAUCAGCAGCCUGCUGCUGGGACACAACUACACUUUCUCGGUGCAGGCCCGCUGCCUGCUCGGCGGGCAGCUGUGCGGAGAGCCCGCCCUUCUGCUGUAUAACCAGCUGACGGCAGGGGCCAGUGACGCCUCCCGCAGUGAGGGCCACUCAGGGGACAUGGCGGCAGUGGUGGUCCCCGUCCUCUUCCUGCUGCUGCUCGGAGUGUGCGGCAGCCUGGUGGCACUCUACCUCCGACAUCGCCGGCUGCAGAACAACUUCACUGCCUUCGCCAACUCCCACUACAACUCUCGCUUGGGCUCGGCCAUCUUCUCCUCAGGCGAUGAACUAGGUGAUGACGAUGAGGAUGCUCCCAUGAUCAGCGGCUUCUCAGACGACGUCCCCAUGGUCAUCGCGUAGCAAGACAUCCCUCCGUUGCCGGUUUAUCUCUCUUCCCUUGUCCCCCUCUAUUCUUCCUCCCCCGCUCCCCUUUACUCCCCGUCACCCCCCUCCCCCAAAUUAACAGGAAACAUGAAGAAAAGUGUAACAAGAGAAAGAGAUAUUUUUCAAAUAUACAAUGCACUUUUUUUGGGAUGCGCAAUAACUUAUUUUUUAUAAUACUAAAUAUAUAUGUAUGUAUGGGGUCAAAAAAAGGACUGGGUGGAGGAGGUGGACACUGAAACAAACUGUGAAGGAUUUGAGUUUGUGGUGGGAAGGAGAGACCCUAUUUGUAAUGCAAACUCACUAUCCAUAGGAGCGGUUCACUGCUUAAAGCCAAAAUAAGAUGAGCAUCCAGAGACUGGAAUAUAGAAUGCAAAAAAGGUUACACGCGUUGCGGGGAAAAAAAGAAAAAAUCCAAAAUCCAUAAAUAUUUAGAUGCAGGAAAUGCUGUAUACAAAAUGUACAAAUAGAAAAUAUCGGGGCAGUAACUUCCAUAAUUCGGUGGUGGUACAGUGUACUAAAGCAGUGUAUGUAACACAGUGUGACAGAGACGGAUGAGGUAACUGUGGGUCAUGAUUCUACAUCCACAGAAUCUCAAUGCUGUCUCUCAUCACCAGUUUGGGAACUGCUGGUUCUUGUAAACAUAUUUGAAAAAGUCAACCAAACAGAUCCGUGAUUGGAAUGACCAUUGGCACCUUGAAUUGUCCUCAUAGAUAUUCUUUGUUAUUUUUGUAUUUUUUCUUUUUACUCUAUUUUCCACCACCAGCACACUGUUCCAUGUCUGUACGUAGAGGCAACACGUGUCCCACGAUAUGAGAAUAUUUCUGGCGCCGAGGGGGAAAGAAUCCCCCGCCAGCAUUGCCAAGAUCGUAACUAUUUGUAAAUAUUGGCUUUUAAUAUGUUCUCUCCUUGUAAUGCUGUACCAUAUCAUUCUGUAAAAUGUCUUUUUAUUUGAUUUUUUAGUCAUUCAGGACCACAACUUUGUGCCCCCAGCAUUAUGCCACAGCUGUAGAGGAAGUGUGUUUGGGGUUCUCAGGGAACUGUGUCGGAGCGGACACCAGCGCUUCACCACCACCACAACCACCACCGUCACCGCCACCGCCACGACUUGGGCAGCACUGUCCAUCUCCUCUCGUGUACUGUAGGCCAGAAACCUUUGAAGAGGUGCGGGAUCAGCUGUGGGCGGAAUGACUGGCAGGUACAGCUCACUGUCCUUGGCUGCGAUGAAGAGUCAGGUUCAGGAAAAAGGAUUGAAAGGGCUGAUUCGUGCAAAGAUAUACAGUACGCUUUUUUCCGCAUACCUCGAGUACUAUCAAGUUCCAGGUGGUUUUGUUUGUUCAUUUCUGCCGGGGGUUUUAAGAUAUCUGUGGCUGAGAUUUUCAAGAGCUAGUCUAGUGACAAUGUCUUGGAUAAUCCAGGGCUCACUGUGAGGUCCCAAGGGAAAUCUUAAGGGACAGCGGGAAGCUGGCCUGGCGGGCGAGCUCUGUAUUCCAUCUCUUUAUCUUUUGGUACAUUUUUUGGUAAUGAUUAUUACAGUGAUACUUAAGUGCUUCUCCCUGGUACAACAAUUCCCGUUAUAGAUUUCUUGGGGCUCCAAAUGACAACAGUUUCUUUGAUGACAUAUCUUCCGAUCAUCGUUUUAGAUCAUUCAAUUCAUUGUUUAGUUCAUACGUCAUAAAAAAACAAAAAAGCCCUGAGAAAUUGAAAUUUGCUAAUGCUGCUGUGACCGGGCCAUUCUGGACUUUCUAUUCACCUGCAUUGUACUGGGAUAGAGGCCCAAAAUCUCAGGAACUGAUAUCUCAAAACCUUAAAAAUAGAUAAAUGAAUAAUAGAAAGUAGUCCCUUUAAGGGGGCACGGAGACCAGUCUUUGGUCAGCACCAGUGGAUUGGACAGAGAUAAUAAGAGGAUAUAAUCGACCUGCCUCAGUAUGAAUCACACUCGUCGUACGUCUGUAAAUGUAUAACUCAAAACAUUUUGGAGAAUCCCCCCCCCCCCCCCCCCCCCCGACUCUGCACUAUAGUCCAUUAACUGAUAUUUGUGUUUUGCCUCUCAGCUUGAGCCAUUUCAACUGAUGGUGUUCUGCUCUCAUUGACCGUGUUUUUGUUUGUCCAGAUGUCUUCAUGAAUGUAUUUGAUAUACUUUCCCAAGGUACUGUCCCAGCUCAUAAUGCUACUGUCCCCGCCUGUGAAGUCAAUGCACACCCUUCUGGUUUUGCCCUUGCCACAGUGAAUUUGGUUGAUAGAACCUUCAUUGCUCCAGUGAUUUACCCAGAGCAGCGAACCUUUUCUUUGUCAGGCGAAGCCCGGGAAAAUUUUCAUCUCACUCUUCCCUGUAUCGUUAACCGGUGUCUGUACUGUAACAUUUAAGGUUUCCUCUCAAGGGUAAGGGUUGAUUUCAUGCAGCUCUUUCGUCCCUUAACCUGGUCACAAGUUUGGCCUGUUUCUUGGCCUUAAAAACGGACUUUUCUGACAUUGACGCUGUUUUUCUUGCUCUGUGGAGUUUCUGAUUUUGUGUUUCGCCACAUAAUGCCUUAUUAGAACACGUUUGGUUUUUAUCUAAUGUAUUGUUUGUGGGUAAACACAAGUGCACAUGCAUGCCUACACGCGCGCUCGCACACACACACACACACACACACACACACACACACAGGCUAAGGAGGCUGAAGAAGAGGUUCAUGUGAGGGCAUUUGGUUAACUUCGUCAGAUCACUGCUCCUUCCUGUGUCGGCCGCUCUAAGCUGCCACUUAGUCUGAUCUUAGUCAGGUUUUUACUCAUGUACAAAGUAUGAUCAUUUGUUAUUAUGUGAUGGUUUGCUCCCUUCUUGUCUUAAUGUUAAACCCUUGUCAAAUAGUUUGCUCCGAAGUGUUUGGCACAGAGGACAGUUGGACUUGGCCGUGUGUGAAGAUGUUAAUGUCGCGCUUGCUCAGAAAACUGAGACGUCGGGAGAAGCAGUGUGAGGUGUUUUGAAAAGCCACUUAUACUGAAAUAAACUUGCUGAAAACGAAA